GUGGGUUGGUAUUCAGAUAAAAAGGAGCAAUUGUACAGAAGACGCUUCAGCAGGAAAGUUCUCACUGCAGUGGAAACAUGGUUAAAGCUAAGGUCUGGACACUUCGUAAGCAUUUUGUCGGCUUUCCAAAGGAAAGUGACUUUGAGCUUAAAGAGGAGACACUGCCUGAGCUUCAAGCUGGAGAGGUCCUACUGGAGGCUGUCUUUCUUAGCCUUGAUCCAUAUAUGAGAGGUGUGAGUUCAGUCUUAAUGAAAGAAGGUGAUGUAAUGGUUGGAGCUCAGGUUGCAAAGGUACUUCAAAGCAAAAAUCCUUCAUAUCCUGUGGGCUGUUAUGUGGUUGCUCCAUGUGGAUGGAGGACGCACAACGUGACUAAUGGAAAAGCAAUUUUUAGCCUUGACAUGUACCGAGUUCUUUCUGACUGGCCCAAAGAUGUUCCUCUUUCUUUGGCUGUUGGUUCACUAGGGAUGCCUGGUUUGACUGCCCUGUACGGUCUGGAGGAGAUUCUGCAAGUGAAGCCAGGUGAAAUUGUGCUGGUGAGUGCAGCAGCUGGUGCUGUGGGCACCAUGGUGGGCCAGAUUUGUAAGAUUAAAGGCUGUAAAGUGGUGGGUUCUGCUGGGAGUGAGGAAAAAGUGGCCUACCUAAAGGACCUGGGCUUUGACUACGUUUUUAACUACAAGACCAUAACAUCCCUGGAUGAGGCACUGAAGCAAGCUUCACCUGAAGGCUACGACUGCUACUUUGAGAAUGUUGGAGGUGAUUUCUUCACUGCGGCUCUUAAUCAGAUGAGGCCUCGAGGACGCAUUGCUGUGUGUGGUGCAAUAUCGCUGUACAACGCCACCACACCUCAGAUGUGUCCUUUUCCCCAUAUGACCAUGCUGUCCAAGAGCAUUAGGAUAGAAGGAUUCCAAGUCACUCAGUGGCCAGAGAAAGAUGAGGCAUCUGUCAGAAGACUGCUUACAUGGCUGAAGGAGGGGAAACUUAAGACCAAGGAAAAUGUCACAGUAGGCUUUGAGAAGAUGCCUGCUGCAUUCAUUCAGAUGCUUAAAGGGACAGAACUGGGAAAGGCUGUUGUUAAAGUGUAAUGAGUUUACUGUUUGUAAUGUCACAUAUAGGAAAUUCAGUGCAUUUUCGCUGUUAACAGUUUUGAAAACGAAUAAAUAUAAGUUUGAAUA